ACAAAAAAAGAAGCCUGUUGCCUCGUGGAUCAUCCCCAAGAUCACUCAUCUGCAGAUCUGUGCGCUCGUCAGUCCAGGCACAGGCGCCUGUGGUCCACCAGCAGAGCGAGAGGUCCUGGCACCAUGACAGAAACCCAAGCGAAGACCGAGACCUUCACAGUAACAGGGAUGGCCGAGGCGGCGGCCGAGAGCGUUAACAGGAGGAGACGCACGUAUGAGCAGUAUGUGCAGCCCUGCCUGGCCGAGCUGUUCGGAACCACCAUGUUCGUGUUUGUGGGCUGCGCGUCUGUUAUUGCAAACGGAGCAAUGUCUGUCCUGCAGCCUGCUGUGGGACACGGACUGGCGCUGGGAGUGAUCAUCAUGGUUUUGGGGCAAAUUAGUGGGGGACACUUUAAUCCUGCAGUGUCUUUAAGUGUUUACCUGUGUGGAGGGAUGAAGCUGGUUCUGCUGAUUCCCUACAUUCUGGUUCAGAUGUUAGGAGGGAUCAUUGGUGCCGGUUUGGUCAAGGCGGUGUACAAUCCCGGGGUUUAUGAUCUCUCCAGUGGAGGGGCCUUCGUGGUCUCCGAAGGCGAGUUGGUCAGAUGCACGCUGGCAGAGGUGAUGAUGAGCCUGCUGCUCACCACAGUGGUGUGCAUGGGGGCCGUGAACAGACAAACCAGUACGCCAGUGGCCGGUUUCUGCAUCGGUCUCACUGUGACAGCCAACAUAAUCGCUGGAGGGUCAAUCUCUGGCGCCUGCAUGAACCCUGCCAGAGCGUUCGGUCCUGCGGUGGUUGUCAAUCACUGGACUCAUCACUGGGUCUACUGGGUUGGACCAAUUUGUGGUGCUCUGCUCACCGUCAGCUUUCUCAGGUUGCUGUUUGGUGACCACAAGACUCGAAUUUGGCUGAAGUGAAAUGUUAUUUCUUAUAACUUUGUCAGCAAAGUGUAUUUGUAUAAAUUCUGUUUAUAUUACUACCAUGUUUGUAUUUGAUGAUUUAAUAAAGUCUUGUUGAUGCGA